ACGAAAUUCAAAUUUCCACGGUGGUCCGAUAGCAUAGGAUUCUUAGUUAUAUGACUAACUAAGUACAGAAUAUUUGUAUGUGACAUUUAGACAGUUCGUUAGAUUCAGAUACAUUUGAUUUUAUUCAAAUCUUUCGAGACUAUUUCGAAUAAUCGAGCUAUCGUUUAGCGUGUUGUUGCCUAGCAUAUUCUACUAUGAUAGGGGACCGUUAUGCUAGCUAGUCUCGCAGCCAGAUAUCUUAUAUAUCCAACUAGUUACGUGUGACCUAACUGUACAAAAUAUCGGAUAGGCGAAUUUUGGUUCAAAUAGACUAGGAUUAAACCUAGUUUGUUAGCUUUUGUAUUCUAUGUCUCUAACAAUUACAUAUUGUAUGUAGCUAACUUAAUGUUAGCCUUUUCCAGGCUACUUUAUGUUCGCUAUCUGGCUAUCGUUAACUUAGCUACCUUGGAGAACAUAUUUUACCCGUCUUCUUAGACCCCAGUAAGUAUAAAAUAUCAGGUAGCUAUGUUUCUAUCUCCGUCUAAAUGCAACAUUUACCGGGCCCAUGAUCCGGCUUACUAUGAAAGUGUGCCCCGACACACAGCGCAAGUGUACACUCCUGGGAAAGACUCGGCCAAACAGAAAAGCGUGUCUCUUAAUGGCAACAGACAGUCUUCGUUGAGGAUGGGAUUGUUACAUGGAAAAGGAGUGUUCAACUCCACAUCCUGCGAGGAUGCAAGUCCAGACCUCACUUGUGGGCUCAGCUGUAUCGUCGACAACGGGAGAGCAUCAUAUUUGGAAACCUCUAUCCACCCAGCAGUAACUGCUCUCAGAGAAACUGGUGUCAAUAAAUGCGAAUCCCCGGUAAAGAUCUUUGCAAGAAUGAAAGCCAAAGUGUCAAGCCAUAACACCCCUUUUAAGAGCACCGUUGUACAUGAAGACCGAGUACCAACACACAGGAUCUUACGGGAUGAAAUGAACUUCAACAUGAUGGAAAUUGAGCAAUACCCACCCUCCGUGGAUGACACGGAUGCAUUCACCCUUUCCCCACCAAAUUCUCCAGCAUCUGAGGUGAACAAUUGCGAGUCGGAUGCGGAGUUCCAUCGGGGUCAUGAAAAUGUCAAGGUUAUGAGCCGAUCCACUCCAGCUGAAAGUUCGGAUUCGGUAGAACCAGUUGUAGCCGAUGCUACUGUUGAUGAGAGUCCAGCAGCUAGCAGGAGCAGUAAAUCGAAGUGCACUCCAAACGGAUGUUAUGUUUUGUUGGACAAGCUAGCAGUUAUGCAGUCUCCAGCAAAAAUAUUUGCCUUGAUGAAAAAAGAAGAGAGGCGUCCUCUGAAAACAAAUGGUUUGAACCAAACAUCGAAAAACAAAGAAAAUGUCAAGGCAAUUGAGCCCUUCAUGGAACUGCCUAUGGAUGAAACCCAUAUCCAUAGCCGUGUGGAUGUAGCCUGCAGUGACAGGCCCGUGUUUGCCAGCCAAAGAGAGAACAUCAGCAAUACUCCUUUGCCGAAGUUUGCCAAAGGAAAGCGUAGGGUUUUCUCCACACAAGCUUGUGCUCCAGCACCGGCUCAGUGUCUGGAUGACUCCGUGCUCCUGGGCUCCCCACGUCUCACUAUUCCCCAAAAACAGAGUGUGAACAUUAAGCUCCAGAGUAACUCUGAGAACCAAGACCCAAGGAUGAUUGAAGGGAUUCAGCUAAAGCAUUGGGUCCUGAAGCUGAGUGAUUCUAAACUUUUUGUUGAUGGACAGAGAGUUGACAACAAAACACCCUGGCACAGCAACAGUAUAGUUGAACGCAUUGCAAGCAAUGUCUUGAAAACAGUCUCUGGAAGCACUUAUAUCCUGGUUGGAAAAAUGUCAACCAAAUUGCCAUCUGAAUUACCCAAGUGGUUUUUGAAAAAGUUUCUCUAUGGCUUCCCUCAGAUGUGGAAACAGUACCUCAACACAUAUCUAACAGAAUCAAAGGGUUUAAGUCACAAUGAGAGUCAAGAGAAUUUUAAGCCUUCAAAGCAAAAAAAGCUGCCUCGGAAAGAGACCAAGCCAGAGAAGCUGGUAACCCCCAAGCUUACAUACAUGACCCCACCAGAGAGCUCACGAGGGGACAGCCAGAAGUUGUCCCGCAGUGGCCGUCUAAUCAAACCCCCUCUGGAGUACUGGAAGGGGGGGCGGGUCGUCGUGGACAAGGACUUGAACGUCACUGUUCUUGAGGACUACUCUAUAGUGCAGACGCCAACAAACAGAGAAGCACAAGAAAAGCCAAGCCAAAAGCAGAGCACAAAAAAAUCCAUAGUCACCCUAAAAGAAACGUCUCCAAGCAUGUCUAGCCAAGAUGAGAGGGAGACAAGGCUAAUUAGGAAAGCCAAGCCUUAUCAGCGACCAGGGUGGCAAACUGACAAGACUCCAUCCCAAACCCAGAAGAAUUCUACCUUUGUAGUUCCCCAAACACGGGCAGCCAGUAGGAGAUCAGCCAGUGCCUCACCGCCAACUGAUGACACAGACACAGACACACCAGCUUUUCGCAACAGUGGUGAAGGUCAAACGAAACGUCGUCGCCCUGGAAGACCACCAAACCACCUUUCUGCAAUCAGGUCUGAUCAGACAGAUACAGACACACAAGCUGUUCACAUGGAAAGUGAAUUUCAAACGAAACGUCGCCGCCCAGGAAGACCACCAAAGCACCAAUCGGCAAUCUGGUCUGAAUCGACAGAUACAGACACACAAGCUGUUCCCCACGAGGGUGAAGGUCGAGCGAAACCUCGCCGCCCAGGAAGAUCACCAAAGCACCAAUCGGCAAUCUGGUCUGAAUCGACAGAUACAGACACACAAGCUGUUCACAUGGAGGGUGAAGGUCGAGCGAAACCUCGCCGCCCAGGAAGAUCAACAAAGCAGUUCUUGUUGAACACAGACCAGCCUGUGCGCCAAAGUUCCCUCACCAGGUCCAAGAGAAGGAGCAGCUCUGCGGCCUCUCAGUCCCCCUCGGAAACGGAACAGCAAGUUAUGGGGCCGCCGAAGUCCAGAGCAAGAAGAGGGCGUCGCAAAAACAAACCACCGGCAGCGGAUGACAGUGCUGCAGAUAUCUCCAAUGAGGACUUUGUGUCUGAUAGAGACAGUGUCACGCGGAAGAGGAAACCUCAAGGCAAGAAGGGAAGUAAAAAAGAUAAUACCGAAGAAGUUAACGACAGCAAGUGGACAGAUCAAGAGAUGCAAAAACUUCACAAGGCCAUCAACUCCUUGCCCAAGUACUCUCCCACCUUCUGGGUAAAUGUUGCCUUGGAGGUGGGCACUCGUUCUCCAGAGGAGUGCCAAGAGCAGUACUCUGCCCAGCAACAGAACUCCCACACCAGGUCCAGACAGAAGAAGCAGCCUCAGACCAUUGAGGAACCAGCUAAGGAGAUGCCUCAGAUCACAGCCAAAGCUGGCACACUAAGAAGGAAACAGCAGAUCCGCGAUGUCUUGGACCACAUACCCAAAGACGACCAUGAUGAUAUUUUCAGCAGCUCGCCUAUGCAGAAAAGACUCAAGAAGUUGCCCACGUUUUCGGACUGCGGAGAUGGGGAUCCCCUGGGUCAGCUGGCGAACCCUCAGACUCCCAGCUCCUCCAGCAUGUUUGUGGGGGUUAAGACUCCAAAGUGUCUGCACAUCAGCCCUGGCAUGUUCCCCUCGAUCAACAGGAAUGACAACGACAAGUAUGUCUUCCACUUCCAAAAUAAAAUGAAAAAGGGAAAAGGGAGAGGCACCAAGGCUAAAACACAGUCAGACAAGAACUGCUCCCCUUCUCCUUCAGUGAAACGGACAGAGAAGACAUCGCGUUGCGGAAGAUGAUUCCUUUGUUGUUUGGGAAAUGUUCUCUCAGAAGGAUGCUCCAUCUUUACCAAAUGAAGAAAGUGAGGAGGAGGACUACUAUUUUUCUGAUGCCUGAAAUGCC